CCACCCGGCCGCUGCCCCUCAGCAGCUCGGCCACCAUGCCCUCCAUACAGUGCAAACACCGGUCGCCCAACGGGGGGCUCUUUCGGCAGAGCCCGGUGAAAACACCGAUCCCAAUGUCGUUCCAGGCCGUGCCGGGGGGAGUCAUUCCGGAAGCGAUGGAGCCUUCUCACGGCACGUCCAUAUAGCCGGCACAAACAGUCUGACAACCAGCAGAGCUUUUUAAUACAGAAUUUAAAACAGAAAAAAAAAAAAAAAAAA